GAGACCGUUAUACGGGAAGUAUCUGUACCGUAUUCACUAUUCUUUUGUGGUCGUCGCACACAAACGCCGCUCUAGACCUGAUCCUCGUUGCUCAUUGAGGGACAAAAACAAUUGGACGUCACUGUAUCACUCAGAUCUCUGAAGAUUACUGUAAAAGAGAACAGAGAGAGAGGUAGGCGACGAUGUUGAUGAUGGAGUCCGCCAUGGCCGUUCGAUUUCCCGCUGGUGCGAGUUUCUGCUCCUCCGCCGCCGUGCCCCCGGUAGAUUGUCGUUCUAUGUGGAGCUCCGACGAGAUUACUGGCGUCCCCGUCCCUUCUCUUCGUUCACUUCACUUGGGAAGCUGUGACGUGCCAUGGAGUAGAUUGCGGAGACUGAUGGGCGGUUCGAUUUUAAGAAAAAGUAAACUAUUAAGAAAGAGCAUUCGUGCUUCCACAGAGUAUUUGGGGUCUGCACCAGAUCCUUCAAAGCAGAAUAGGAGGCAGCGGUAUCAUCCAUUUGAAGACAUUGCUGAGUCUACAUCAGAAAAUAGCGGAGAUGCUAGACUCACAGCUGCCGAGACAACUAGGACCAUCAUUGAGGUAAAUAACAAAGCAACUGUGAUGUUCACUGAUUUGAUCAAUGAUGAAAUUCAUGAAAAUGUAUUCUGGCAAGAGUUACCUUAUGUGAAAGAUGAACAUGGAAGUAAGUCAAGCAUUUCGCAUUCAUUAUUAACUUUUGAUUGGGUGGCUGUUCAUCAAGAUGAAAACAAUGAAGAUGAUUCUGAUUCUGAUGAGACCCUGGGAGACUGGGCAAAAUUGGAGACUAUGCGUUAUUCUCAUCCAAUGUCUUUUGCCAAAACACUGGCUCAGGUUGCUUUAGAUGAGCCAAUAGAUUGGAUGGAGCAGCCCCCUGCUGGUCUGGCUAUCCAAGGCAUUAUAAGACCUGCCUUAAUUGAAGAACACUCUGACAUCCAGAAGCAUAUGUCUGGCAGUCACUUCUGCAAUCCCGACAUAAAUCAGGUUGGUGUCGAUGAGAAACUAGAUGAUGUUGGUGCGAUUAAUGGUGAGAAACAAGAAUCACAGCCACUCAAAGAUGGUUCAUUCUGGUCAAAGGAAUCAAUGAAGGAUGAAAUUCCUCAAAAUGGAAUUUCAUUUUACAAGCUGGAGAUGAUUAAAAUUCAGCUGAUUUCAGUACAUGGACAUCAGAUUGUUGAAGUGGAAGACUUCAGGAAAGCUCAACCUGAUGCUAUUGCACACUCUGCAGCCAAAAUUCUCUCUCGCCUGAAAGCUGGAGGAGAAAAGAUUACGCAAGCCUUCAAAUCUCUCUGUUGGAGAUGUAAAGGCAUCCAGGUGGAGGAGGCCGCACUUAUUGGUGUAGAUUCCCUUGGUUUUGAUUUGAGGGUCUGCUCAGGAGCACAGAUCCAAACAUUGCGGUUUCCAUUUAGCAUGCGGGCAACAUCGGAGUAUAGUGCAGAGAGACAACUAAAUGAUUUACUAUUCCCAAGGAUCCACCACAAGCCACUAAAAAAGCAGACUCAUCAAAAUGAAGUCUAAAGUAUCAUUUUGAAUGUAGUUAUCUAUUCUUCAUAAAAGAAAUUAGUUAUCUGCUGUAACGCAAGAUGGCGUUGCUGAGUUGUGUAGACUGUAGAGAUAUAAAGUGGGCCAGCCCAGAAUGGAAAGGCUCACGGGCUUGUAUUCUCUUAUGGCUGGGCCGAAUCUGGAAACCUGUGGCCUGGCCCACUCAGAACACCUAAUGGGUGGGCCCUGUGUCUUGGGCCUGGCGGGUUGGGCCUUCAAUAAAAUAUGAAGAUUUAUGACAUUUUAUCUUAUGUAUGUGGGACUGUGGGUGGUCUUCAUCGAACAUGGGUUCUUAGUAGACAAAAGCAAGUUUAAAUCGAUAGCGCUACAGCAACGUUGCUGACA